UCCCCAAACGGUUUCUGCACUGUAGACCGAAAAGACCGGUGCCGCGCUCAGUGCAGCACCAGUACAGUAUUUUCUGCCGUGCUGUCCUGCAGUUGCAUUGGCGAGGAAUUUGAAGACCUGAGGGGAAUGCGCCUCGUCGUCACGAGCCGCUGGGACUUCAUGUUAAACAAAAAGAUGGCUUCAGCUACAGAUGCGCGAUAUGGGCAGAAGGAGUCCUCGGAUCAGAACUUUGAUUACAUGUUUAAGAUCCUGAUCAUUGGGAACAGCAGCGUGGGCAAGACCUCCUUCCUGUUCCGCUACGCAGACGACUCGUUCACGCCAGCCUUCGUCAGCACAGUGGGCAUCGACUUCAAAGUGAAAACCAUCUACAGGAACGAGAAGCGCAUAAAACUGCAGAUCUGGGAUACUGCUGGCCAGGAGAGGUACCGGACCAUCACAACAGCGUAUUACAGAGGAGCCAUGGGCUUUAUUCUAAUGUACGACAUCACAAACGAGGAGUCUUUCAAUGCAGUGCAGGACUGGUCCACACAGAUCAAGACGUACUCAUGGGACAACGCUCAGGUCCUGCUGGUUGGUAAUAAGUGUGAUAUGGAAGAUGAGCGUGUGGUGAUGGCAGAGCGGGGCAGGCAGCUGUCUGAGAGCCUUGGAUUUGAGUUUUUCGAAGCCAGCGCAAAGGACAAUAUUAACGUGAAGCAGACGUUCGAGAGGCUCGUUGACAUUAUCUGUGAGAAGAUGUCGGAGAGCUUGGACGCUGCAGACCCUGCCGUCACCGGAGCUAAACCGGGACCCCAGCUCACCGAACAGGCCCCACCACCGCACCAGGACUGUGCCUGCUAGAGACCCCCUGUCCCCCUGCCCCAAAUACCACAACCAUCAGGAAAGAACAAAAUAGAAUAUAUACACCCACACUCAGUAGUAAUAGCCAAUGGGACCUUACUUCUGUAUGUAGCCAAUGUUCCAAUAUUCCACAGGAUUACAUAGCAAGCCUACAGUAUCCCCCCACCAAGUAUAUUCUAUGAAAAACAAUUCCAGUGUUGUAGUGGAUUCUUUUAAGACCUCAAAAAUGUAUAUAGGGGACGUAUAUAUUAAUACAAUUUAAAAUAUAUAUAUUAAAUAUAUAAUAUAUCUGAGGCUUACAUUUUUUUUUUUUUAAACCUAAGUCUAGGUUCAGGACAGACUUUACUUUUCAUUAUAGUAUGGAAGUCUAUUGGUGUUGGACAAUCUAAGGGUAAUUUAAUAGCCUAUCCUGUGCCGUGUAGAACAGUGCUUAGUGUGGUUUACCUCUGUCACCUAUACUGAUCCACACAAGCAUGACACCAACAUGAAACUGAAGACACUGCAUAGUGCGGCCCAUCAGCUAAAACACGAUGCGGAAAUAUUCGGAACUGCUGAGAUCAAUAUUUUUUCUUGGAAUCAUUUUAAUAAUUUUAUAUUUGCGUAUUUUAUGACUUUGACCAGUGCAGAUGGCUCCUAUCACCUUACAAUGUAACAACAGACUAGCAUACAAAAAAAACCAACAAAGUACAGCAGCACUCUACACCAGUAUUCAGAACCAUGAUCUCAUAUAAAGAGAGCAGCGUCAGUUUUACAUUACUGUGUCAUGGUGUUUGCAAUCACCUGGCUUUGGUCUUGUCUGGAGAAUCCUAAGUGCCGGGACUGAACAGCCUUCCUCAUUCCAUUUCAAUCAUGUGACAAUGCGACUUUUCAACUGGCCCCACCUUCUUUACAUUGAGAGAGAGAGAGAGAGAGAGAGAGAGUGUAGUGGGGAUAACCGGUUGAACAAUCACAUGAUCUGAAUGCAACAGGGAAGUCUGUUCAGUCCUGCCACGUAGGAUUCUCCAAACAAAAGCAUCUCAAAGCCAGGGGAAGGCAGGUACAGAGAAAAGUGCUCAACAGAGCCACUCGAAAUGACAAACCCCAUGAAACAGCCAUGGAAAGAAAAACAAUUCAAAUGACCUUUGAAGCUACUUAUUGUUAUUUGUUAUUAAUGAAUGGUUUGUUUUGUGUGUUUUAUUGUGUCCCGUCUUGCAGUGUUUUGAUAGACCCGUUAACCUGAAUGCAUUGCUGAACUCCGUUUAGGAGUCCUAUCAAUAGUUUUCUGGUUGCAGUCCUGCCAUUGCAUGAUGGGCGAUGGACACGCAUUAUCCAUUGUUGGCAGUGGCAUGGUACAGUAGCGAGUUGUUUUUCGAAACCUUUAGCACCCGUUACAGGCCAGACUUCAUCAGUAUCUCCACUUACAAGCUUUCUAUGCAUGUUUCUAACACCUUGAAAUUCUUUUUUCAAAGCAUCUGUUGAAGGGAUUAAUAAGCCAAACCGUGUGUCCCUAGGGAAUGAGAAAUACUAACUUGAACUCUUCUUUAACAACAGUUUGGAUUAAUUGAACAAAGUUUCCAGAAUGCUGUUGACUUUUUCAAGUGCUGUGGCUUUUUCAAAGUUAUCAAGCAGAAGUCAAAGAAAUAAUAUGUAAAUACCUUUUUGUUUUAAAGACAAGGCCAGUUGUCUAAGGACAGCUGCAGAGGGCAUUAAUGUAUUUUAAAAUGCGUUUAUAGGAUUGGUCUGGUUUGCUGGUUUGGGAGUUUUAAGAUUCUAAAGCGGGCACAUUACCACUCUGCUAGGACCGUGAUUGGCUGAGAUUAUCUGCAAGGUUUAUAAUUACGCUUGGAGCUGUAGUCUAUCAUUGUACAUUCCAUUACUAAAAUAAGAGACAGCAUGGAGCACGAAAAGCACAGGUAUUUAUUCUUUUGGCUUGGUUGUUUUGUCAGAGACAAAUGUCUGUAUUAAUAAUAUAUGCAGGCUUGUAAUGACUGCACUGCUGGCCAAACAGUGCUAUUUAUUACAAUUGAAAGCAAAUCACUGAUGGAUUAUUAUGAUCUGCCAUAGUUUUCCAGUUUGUAUAUUACAGUCUGACAUGGGUACUGAAUGAUGACAAGCCCUCUGCAGUUAAUGCAAGCUUAGCUUGAAUCACAUCUUGGGUAGAAAAAAGUAAAGGUUUGUCUAAUAAAACACUUAACCAAGGCAUUGGUUUGGCUUUUUAUCCUGAACAGAAUACAUAUUUUUUAAAUGGCGUUAGAUGAUAACGUGACCAUGUCAGGAUACUGACUGUUAGUGUUUGUCGGAUAGUGAUGGAAUGUGACUGGUUUUGCGUGGGUCUCACUAGCUGCCUGACAAUUCCCCCCCAUUUCCCUCAUUCUUCAUGUGGUAUAAGUGUCUCUCUCCCCAGGCUCUCUAUGCUGUCUUCCUUUUGUAAAUUCAAACUGUAAAUAGAAUUAGCCGCUGUCCCCCUUUGUGAAUUGUGCUGUACCUUUCCCCCAGGCUUGUAACUGUUUCUUUUUGCAUCUAGACCUGCUUGUGAAUGAUUCUUUCUCUUAUAAUUAAUAAAGCAAUAUAAAACCAGGUUGUUUGACGGUAGCCUGGACAGUGCGUGGAUUGAAAACGUUUUAGGGCUCCUCAGUGAUUUUUAUGUAUUUAUUUUUAGUUGUAAAACUGUCUGGCCACCAUAGUAGGCAUACAACCAUUUUGACAGUUUCUUUAUGCAAAUUCCCCUGGCAUGUUACUGAAACAUACACUGAUCUGAGCUGCAAACAUUUUAAGCUAAUCCAGAAAGUACUAAUUUGGGAGGGUUAUUGUCAGAUGAAUGCAGAAUGACCCAGGUACUUUUUAUUGAUCAUUUUACCCAACUCAGAACCCUCUCACUUGCUCACCAAAUAUCUCAGUUUACCUGAAUUGAUAAAAGUCCCAACUUCAGAUACAUUAAGUCAUUCUGUACAGUAUGUGAGAGCAGUGUCUCAUCAGCGUACUGUACAGUAUUUAGGGUAACUAAGUCCACCAGUUAAGGCACUAGCCAUAAAUGCUGGUCUAUUGACUAGAGUUUCUUGUAUUUUAUAAUUUGUACUUUAGAAUUGUGAUUGAAAAGUUAUGGAUAAUCUUCAGAUGCAUGCAAUCUGUCCUACAAUUAGCUCAAAUAUGAAUUAAUAUUUCUUAAAAUAUUCUGAAAUUGUAGGCAGUGUCUUGACAGCGUGACAUUAAAGACAUUUCUGGGUGGAAAAUCAAUGACAAACCAGGUGCAUAUUUUCAUGUUGGAGGGUCUACCCAAGUUUUCCUAAUAAAGUGUCCAGGGAGUGACAGGCAGGCCCAGCUCAGCUUUUAUUAACGUUUCUAUAUCUGGCUUUCUGAGUAAAGUAUACUCAGACACUGAUGAAGCUUUCUCGACUGCAUCAUCUUUAGCAAUAGAAUAGUUUCGUGAAUAAUAACAUUAUUUGUGAAUAAGCUCCAAUUGGCUUUGGAGCUGGAAUAAAGGGCUCCAUAGCAACAGACUGUCUCCAUAGCAACAGUAUUAUAUAGACACCGGAUACAAUAUUACUUGUGUGAGGAUUGCAUAUAGUUCCUAAGGUCCUGGCUGCUUAGUUGCAGUCUUGCAAUCUCCAGUAAGAGGUCGGGUCUGUGUUUCCUGUGGAGAGGAUGUAUUACUGGAUCACCCCCAGCUUUGUGAGGUGUUACUUGUUUGUUUCAGGUUUUAGACAGUGCUGCAAAGUCCUGUUUUAUUGGUUUACAUGGAUUUCAUUAUCAUUUUUGUGGGAAAAAAAUAAGAGACAAGUUUGUUAACUUAUAUUAUGCAGUAGUUUACUCAAAUAACUGUACAAAACUCAAAUAAAAAUAAGUGUCAAAAAUGGUAGAUUGUGAACAUUUCCUAAUUUGCUGUACAUGUUGUGAAAAUUAAAUAAAAAUAUCAAAAAAAGGUCAA